AUGAUCCCUGAAGAUCAGGAACUGAUCGGAGAUCGAGCUGGUUGCCUCACUCUAUUUAUUUCUGCAAUCACGCCUGGGUCUACACGUAUGGCUGACGAUCUUUCAACGGCCUCUUUGCCGCAGUACUCUGUUCCCGGACCGCAGAUUGCAAGUGGAUCAAAAUACCAACAAUUACUAGCUGUUAUUGAAGAACUAGGGAAAGACAUCCGACCUACCUACACCGGUAAUAAAAUCUGUGCUGAACGUUUGAAAAGGUCCAUAGCUCAUUCAAGGAUACUUGUCAGGUUAAUUGUUCUUACCUUUGAUGCUCAACUUUUAUUAUCUGAUAUAGGAAAUUUCAGAGAGUGUUUGAUUGAAGCUGAGAAAGAUCGACAAAAAGCUGCAGCAGAUGCAGCUGUGAAAAACCAGUAA